CCGAUGCGUCAACCUAAAAAUAUAUAACGUAACCUGUGUAACCUUUCGAAUAAAUAUCUGUGACUAUCUCUGACUUCAUCAUUCGCGUAUAUUGACAAUUAAGAAACUCUUUCCGCACAUAAUGGCAUGUGUAAAUAGAAUAAGUGUAAGAUGAACUAGUUAUGCUUCCAUCGACCGGUUAUUUUAAAUCUAUUUCUUGUCCGUUCUAUGACAACGGCUCUUGUGAAAGACCUUAUUGCCAUUUCAAACAUUUACGACGAGUACUAUUGUUGUUAGAUGAUGGAUCCAGUUCAACGGCAAGUGCAGGUGGAAUUAAUUCUAACCUUCAAACAACAGAGAGGAAUCAAACAAGGGAAACCUCCACCUCGAUAUCUGCAACAAACUCUGAAAUAAUACAACAACUUGUCUCAGAAGCAGUUAGCAAGGUGCUUGCUACCCAAAAUGUCUCAAACAAAGAAGAAGUAUCAGAAAAUAUUGUCUCAAAAGUUGUAGAAGGUUUAAAACCAACAUUGUCUUCAACUAUUGGCAAACAUGUUGGUGUUCCACAAUUGAUAUCAAAACCUCCUUGUGUUUAUAAUCCCACUCCCAUUUCAGAAUUAAAAAAACGUCAUAUAGCAGUGCCUGUGUAUAAUCCAACAAGGGAAAGUAAAGUAGCUGUUAAAAGAAAAUCUGAUGAUUCAGCAAAACCUUGGUUGAGCUCCUUACCUGAAUCAAUAAAAACUAAAUCUGAAUUGACGUAUAAACCUACAACUAUAAGUAAUUCUAACGAUAAAACUUCAAUUGACAGUUAUGUUCCAACUGUCAAAUUUGAUGCAUCAAAUGUUUAUGAGCCAAGUAUCAAUUCUGGAGAUGCUUCAAAAAAGAAAGAAGCUUAUUAUCCAAAAGUUAAAAAAAGACGUGAAGAAUAUGUUCCUAAAGCAAUCAAACUCCCGUUAAAAUCAGUUCAAGAAUUAGAGAAUAUAACCGCAGAUGAUUCUAAAUCAGACUGUGUUGAAGAUAAUACGAAUUUAUAUGAAAUAGAAGCGAAAUUUUCAGAUGAUGAAGAUGACGGAGUCACGAAUUCAACCAAAGAAGUACAAAACUUUAAUGAUAAAGCUAGUGAAGAUAUACAAGUACAAGAAGAAAAUAAGAGUGAAAAAUGUGAGAAAGAUAGUGAAAACGUGAAAACAGAUUUACUUAGGGAAACAAGUGUUAAUAAAGAAGAGAUUAGUGAAGAAGAUAAGUCAAAACAUGAUAAAACUAAAAAAGAACACGGUAGUCGUAGAAGUAGUAGUAGUAGUCAUAGUAGUAGACAUAGGAGUCGUGAUAAAGAAAAAAAUGAUCACAGUAAAAAGGAUGAUAGUCAUCGAAAAAGCUCAAAAUCUAGCGACAGGUCACGAUCUUCAAGUAAAAGUCAUAAAAGUCAUCAUCAUGAAAGUAGUAGACACAGUUCAUCAUCAAAAAGUAGAGAUAAAUCACGAUCGCAUCGGGAUAAAAGCUCAAGCUCAAAAGAAAAUGAUAGGUCUCAUCAUCAUAAGUCUAGUAAACAUGAAAAACAUGAGUCUUCCAGGUCUUCUAAGUCAGAUAAAAAAAAGUCGUCAAGCAAAAAUGUUGACAAAGAUCAUUCACAUUCAAGCCAUGCAUCAGGUGAAACCAAAAAAACAGCACUUGAAGAUUCUGAUCACGAUGAUAGGUCAAAUAGUGGAUUUGAACAUGGUUUUAUUAAUGAAGAUGAACUCUUAGAGACAUCAGACUCUGAACACGAUGUUGAAGAAGAGUGCCUAAAGAUAUUUCAGGAAUAUCAAGUUUCAGAUCAUCCAAAAGGUGUAACGACUAAAAGUGAAACAGUAAAACCUGAAACUGAAGAAGUAGAAGAAGUUGGGAAAAAAAGAGUAGCUCAUCCUUUAGCAGCCACUUCAGUUGUAAGAACACUGGGACCCUCUCAGCCUUUCAAAAAGCUUCCGAAUCCUCAACAACGUAUGUAUGAGCGAUGGAGAUUAAUGCGUCAAGCUACAGCAGAAAAAACUAUUGGUGUCACUUCAUCAAGACUAUCCACAAGAGCUGAUAAAGAAGUAGAUCAAUCCUGUGUUGGAGAGUUAAAUCAAACCUCAUCAAGAGACUUAAAGUCUCAAAUUAAUGGAAAUGGUCGAAUAAGAAUAGCGCCUGUACCUUAUGCAAAAUCAUUGGAAAUUGCUAAAAAGAAAGUCAUGGAAGCUGUAGCCAAAGUUCCAGAACCAAAGACUAUAGCACAAACUACCAAAAGCGGUCCGCGUGUAGCUCACGUUCCUCAAGCUGUACCACAACUUGUGCGUCCGGAACCACUUCAAGUCGCGACCCAAAAAUUUCCUAUGAACGUUCGUCAGUAUUAUGUGAACCUUAUGCAUGACAUAUGUAUACAAAUUUAUACAAGUAGUGACGACGCGGCAGAGAGAGCAUUACGUGAAGAGUUGGCUUGUCAUGAACGUUGUAAAGCUUUAACAGUUUAUAAAAAUUCAUGUAUGUUGGCCGCUCAUAGACUGAGGAAAGAAGUAGACCAAGGGAGUAGUAAUGAUUCUCUUCCAUCAGGAAGUGGAGUCAUUUCUCAUGAUGUAGUACUCACUGGAAAGACUAAGGGUUCUUGGAGUGUAGUGAAAUCUAAAAAAGUUACUGCAGAUUUUAAAGGUACUGCUUUGUAUAAUAUGCUCAAAAAGUGGAUCUUGACUGAGCAACAACUUAGAGACAACGGAUAUCCUCGACCUCAUCCAGAUGGUCCAAAGGGACGGGCAAAAAUAUAUACAGUUUGUCAACGUAAUCAAUCGAGAUUAUCCAAAGUGCCUAACGAAAGAAUUUGUACUCGAUGCGGCCAAUCCUACAUGGUCAACAAACAUGGAGUUGCAGUGGAUCAACAGAAUUGUAUUUACCAUUGGGGCCGUAAAUUCACAUUUAGAGGUGAACAAAAAUACAGCUGUUGUCAACAAUACGGAUCAGCAACAGGUUGUGCUGAUGCAAAAAAUCAUGUUUGGGACUAUGUCGACAUAGAAAAUCUUCGCGGUUAUGUAAAAACAUUACCAAGAGAUAUUACACCAGAGCAACAAGGAGUAUUUGCUCUUGACUGUGAGAUGUCGUAUACUACCCAAGGCCUAGAAUUAACUAGAGUAACUGUCAUAGACGAAGAUUGCAAAGUCAUUUACGAAACUCUUGUUAAACCGGAAAACACUAUUAUUGAUUAUAAUACAAGAUUUUCAGGAAUAACUGAAGGAGAUUUAGAAGGAGUAAAAACAACUCUUCUUGAUGUUCAAGCAACACUACUUACAAUGUUUUCAGAGAAUACAAUAUUAAUUGGACACAGUUUAGAGAGUGAUUUUAAAGCUUUAAAGCUUAUUCACAAUACUGUUGUAGAUACCACCAAUGUAUUUCCACACAAAAAUGGUUUUCCUCACAAGCGUGCUUUAAAAAAUUUAUGCUCUGAAUAUCUUCGUAAGAUAAUCCAAAAUGAAGUUGGAGGACAUGAUAGUAGUGAAGAUGCCAUAGCCUGUAUGGAAUUAAUCCACUGGAAGGUAAAAGAGGAAGCGAAACUCCAAUGAAAUCUCAAAAAUAUCACUCGCUAUGAAUAAAUUGCGAAUAAAUUAAAGUAACAUGCAUUUGAUAAGUAAAUGUAUAAUGUAUCAUUUAACUGCCGUAUGUAUAAGUUAAUUGUAUAAAAAUGUAAUAUAUGCGUUUUAUGAAUGAAAAAUCAUAAAUAGACAAAACUCAACAUAUAUAAUAUUGAACAAUCGACUAAGUUUAAAAAGUUCAAGAUUCUGUGCAUCCGAAAAUCAACAUGAUUUUCUCAUCACUAAGAUUCAUACAUUUAUUAUACUUUUCAAUUACUCCGAUUAAUAUUUUUGUACUUCGUUGUCUAUUUAUAUCUCUAAUCAUUAAAAUUACUUUAUGAUUGAA